ACUCCAUUUUCGUAAACCCUAGUUUCGAGACUCCAUAUCUUCGAAUCUCCUUCAAAGCCCCAUCAUCUUCUUCAAGCAAGCGCCUCCUCGAGAAGAAGAAACCACCAAAAGACAGCCAUGCCUCCAAAGUUGGACCCGAGCCAGAUCGUGGACGUGUACGUCCGCGUAACCGGAGGAGAAGUCGGAGCAGCGAGUUCUCUAGCCCCCAAGAUCGGUCCGCUCGGUCUCGCCCCGAAAAAGAUCGGAGAAGACAUCGCGAAAGAAACCGCCAAGGAGUGGAAAGGCCUACGCGUCACCGUCAAGCUUACGGUGCAGAAUCGUCAGGCUAAGGUCACGGUGGUUCCGUCGGCGGCGGCGCUGGUGAUCAAGGCGUUGAAAGAGCCGGAGAGAGACAGGAAGAAGGUGAAGAACAUCAAGCACAACGGGAACAUUUCGUUCGAUGACGUGAUCGAGAUCGCGAGGAUCAUGAGGCCGAGAUCUAUCGCGAAGGAGCUGAGUGGGACCGUGAGGGAGAUUCUCGGGACGUGCGUGUCUGUUGGGUGUACUGUUGAUGGGAAAGACCCCAAGGAUAUUCAGCAGGAGAUUCAAGAAGGUGAGGUUGAGAUUCCUGAGAAUUGAGGAUAAAACGGAACUUGGGACAACAAGUGUUUGUGUUUUAUUUAGCUUCUAUGUUUCGGUUAAGAACGAGUCAGUUUUGGUUUUGUUGUUUUGUCGUAUGCUGUUGUUUGAUGAUCACUUUUAAAUUGAAAUGGUUGAAACUUUGGCCUAGGAAUCGAAAUUGUAUUGCAGCUUU